ACCCAAUUCAUCGAGAUAGCAAGACUGAUGAUUUAUAGCAGUAGUAAUACAAUUGAGUUUGUUAUUCUUCAAUCAAACAUUUAUAACCAGCAACUAUGAGUAUAAUAAAGUUCAUAUCGCAGUAAACCUCGAACGUAAUAUCUUUUCGUUUCAAUAACUGCUCGAUUAUCGAAUUGAUAAAAGUAAUUAAAUAAAUAAAAUGAAAAUUCCCAAAUAAUAACUCUUUUAAACAAUUCCAUUCAAUGAAAAGAAACUCGCUUGAAAUGUUUGCAAAUAUCAAUUCCGAAAACACCACGCAAUUAAUACGUUUUUUCAUCAAGAAUUUAUUACAUUGUUCGCACGAUGUUAAAGCAACGGAAUUUUAAAUCAUUCUUCAACAAGCGUAUACUCGCGAGAAUUACAGUGCGCAACAUUCCUCGAAAUCCACUAAACUAUCACCUAUAGUGUUUCCAUAUUCUCUAGAUUCAUAAUGCAUAAUUCAUCGAUCUCUUUUCGCGCCGAGGAUGGCAAUUACAAUGACAUUCGAAAAGCAAGAGUGAAAAAGAAAAUGACGAGAUGGAUGAAAGGCGAGGGCAGUGAUCAUUGGAUCGAUGAGACGUCAAUCACUCUUGGUAGGAUUGAAAUAAGGGAUCGAACGACUCUGUCAUUAAACAUUCGAGAUGAAAUCGAAGGAGGCGAGAGAUCUGUCAAUCACCGUUACUGCUUUUUACAUGAAAAUCGCUGGAUUUUGGACCUCGAGUAAUUACGUGGAGGAACGACGAAGGAACGUCACCAUGAGUUACACGCUGUUCGCGAUACUCUUCGCUGCGACGACCGAGGCCAGGGAUUUGUACUUCUCUUGGGGAAAUUUCAGCGACUCGAUUUAUGUGACGUGCAACAUUAUAACCAUGUCUCUGGUUUUGAUCAAACUGUUAACAUCGUUUAUAUACAACGAGGAGCUGGUUGGCAUAAUUCGUUACGCGAAAACGAAUUUUUGGCACUCGAACUACGACACGAGCGAGAAAUUGAUAAUGAACAAGUGUCAACGUACUUGCAACUACCUCGUCUUCGUCUUCACCUUCUUCGCCCAGGGGACGGUUUUGGGUUUCAUAUUGAGGCCGAUUCUGGUGAAUCGCGGAAGGAACGAAUCGGACAGAAUACUUCCGUUCAACAUGUGGCUCGAGUUGCCGUUAUCAAUCACCCCGUAUUUUGAAGUAAUGUUCGUUGUACAGGUCGUAUUCGUGUAUCACGUGUGCGUGUGCUACCACUGCUUCGACAGCCUCUUGUGCAUUUUGAAUCUGCACACUGCCGGCCAGUUUCGUAUCUUGCAGUACAGAUUCGCCAAUACUUGCGACGAAGAACGGGAGAGGCGCGAUGAAAAAUCGGUGCGCAGUUUCCACGAAUACUCGAAGCUGAAAGCUUACAUUCGACAGCAUCAAGCUCUUAUCGAGUAUUGCAAAAAAUUGGAACAAGUGUUCAAUUCAAUAGUAUUUGGACAGGUGUUACUUUUCAGCUUGCUGAUGUGCCUCGAUGGAUAUCUGAUACUCAUGGAAGACACCCCUUUCGGAAGACGCGUCACUUUCGCGUUUCACAUAACUGGUUGCAUCUGUCAACUGUUGAUGUUCACGUACAGUUGCGAUUGCUUGAUAAGGGAGAGCAUGGAUGUAGCCGAUGCCGCGUACAAUUGCUCGUGGUCGUUUCUGCCGAUGGAUAAAUACGGGAAAAUGAUGAGGAAAGAUCUGAUGUUCGUUAUCACAAGGUCGAGGACACCCUGUUGCCUUACCGCGUGCGGAUUUUUCGCUGUGUCGCUCGAAACGUAUACCAGAAUUUUGAGUACCGCGAUGUCAUACUUCACAUUGUUGAGAGACCAAUCCGAAAACACAGUUAAAACGUAACUGGCUAAACUACAUUAUUUUCGAAUAUAUUUAAAAAUCCUAAUUUUAAUUUCGAAUUGUAUUCGUUGAACGAGAAGGAAUAAAGGAAAAAUUUCGU